CAAGUCAAAAAACGUCAAAAUUGGCACUCGUUCGUUUACCUUCAUUUACGAUCGUGGAUUUUUCUCUCGAAUUUUGAUAAAUAUUUGUCUCCACGCGUUUGCACGUAUUAAAUCAACUACUGAAGCGCAUCUUGAAAUUACGAGAUAUUAUACAUCGUUUCUCAUUCGUCUUGUGUAAUAUCAAAGUGCAAUAUGUCGUCCGAGACAGCACAAGUUAGUUCCUUACCAUUGCCUCCUAUGCAAUAUAUAAACUUUUACACAGAUGAGAAUGUUCGAAGAAAUAGAGCACCACUGCCACCUCGGCCUAUUCAUGACUCGUAUUCAAUGUUUGGACACACUUUUAACGCGGAUGACACCAUAAUCAGGUCAUUGGAAAGCCAGGGAUUCCGACGAUUAUAUCCUAUGCACUUUGAAAGAAGAAGAGAAUUAAAGAAGUUAAACCAUUCUUUGCUUGUAAAUUUUCUAGAUUUACUAGAUUUGUUGGUUCAUUGUCCGGACUCUCCCAAAAGAGCUGAAAAGGUUGAAGAUCUGAGUUUGUUGUUCAUACACAUUCACCACUUGUUAAAUGAGUUUAGGCCGCACCAAGCUCGUGAAACAUUGAGAGUGAUGAUGGAAUUACAGAAACGCCAACGAGUUGAAACUGCCACAAGGUUCAAGAAACAUUUAGACAAAGUACAAGAUAUAUUGCAAAAUGCGCUGCAGAGUUUACCCGAUCAGAAUGAAAUUGAAGCUAACUUUAAGGUGCCUGUAGAAAUUCUGGAACAAAUGGACUGCAGUACUAAUGAUGUGUCCAAUCAAGAUCCGUGUUAUGAACUUGAUCGCAUCAUGUGUAAUGUUGUUGACAACAUGAGAUAAGAUAUUGAGUUACUUUCUUACUUUUAUGGUAUUAAUUAGCCCGUAAGUUUUAGUAUAUUGUCAUAUUAAUAAAAAAACUAUGAAGAAGUAUCA